AUUUAUUUUACCCUUUUAUACUUUUUAAUUCAUUCUAUAUAUUAUUAUUAUUAUUACUAGAUGAGUGAAAGUGAAACUGAACUAUAUCAAUUUCAACUUGAACAAGUAGAACAUGCUCUCAGUAGUGAUCCAACCAAUGAAGAACUUUUGAAAUUACAACAUGAUCUGAAAGACUUGAUUGCUUUAACAACACAAUACGAACAAGUAGCUGGUUCUGCUCCUCCUUCUUCAACAGAUAAUACAACAAAUUCACGAAAACGAUCAAGGUCACCUAACUUAUCACCACACACUUCGGAAAAUACAACUAAUCGUCCUUCUACAUCAGCACUUGUAACACAUCAAUUUACCGUUGGACAAGAAGUCAAAGCAAAAUGGUCUCAAGAUGGACAAUACUAUCGAGCCACUAUCACAGCCAUUGGUGGAGCGGAUCAAAUAUUUUCUGUACAAUUCCGAGGAUACAAGGAUAUUGAAGUUGUAUCGGUAGCUGAUAUUGAACCAUUGGAAAAGGAUAAACGAAAAGGGAUUUUUGAAGGUAUCAAGAAAAAUGAUGAUACGGAUACAGGUUUAUUAGCAACUGGUAGCCCAUCAGUAGGUGAUGAUGGAAACAAGAAGAAAAAGGAUGGGAAAAAAGUCAAGAAGGUAUCUGAAGUGGAAGUCAAGAAAAAUGCAUGGUUAAAUUUUGCAAAAGGGUCUGAUAAAAAAAAGAAGAAACAAAAGGUUGCACCUAUCAAUAAAAAAAGUAUAUUCAAAACCCCGGACAAUCCCGAAAGCAAAGUGGGUGUCGUUGGUAGUGGGCGUGGGAUGACAAGUUAUCAACAACGUGGAAAACAUUCUUUUACAAAUAGUUCAGGUGAAGAAUAGAAUUAUAUAGUUUAUUAUAUCUUUUUUCUUUUUUAGUAUAAUAUCAUGGUCUAGUAUAGUAUUAUUAUUAUUACUAUUAUAAUAAUAAUAAUAAAAAAUGACUUGUUUUUAUCUUGAAAAAAAAU